CUUUCAGUGCUCAGUCACUCUUCUGCAGUCAGAUCAUUCAAACGUCAAAUCGCUUCAAACUCUCCUGUCUCCUCUCCGUCAAGUUCACCCAGACCGGGUUUCGUGCAAUAAUUAUUUUACCCACCAAACCACCACCACGGCCACGGCACCCUUCGUCCUCUUCUUCCGGAGGCCUUUGUCUCCCUGACACCCAAGUCAUACUACCUACGCGGCGUGGCAUGUGACAUCGACGACGACGAGGAGAAUAGACAACGCACUAUUGAUCUCGAAAACAAAAAAGAGUUUGUUGUAACAACACUGAUUUUUAACAAAUAUAUUUUUGGUCCUGAAAUAUUUACAUAAAAAAGUUCCUUUACGUUAGAAAAAUAAAAAGUGAUUAAUAAACUGGACAUUGGUGUGAGGAUUAAUUAAUUGGUUCGCGAAAACCAAGCCGGCUAGUCUCAUUGCCCAGCGAAGAAGAAGCGUUCUCAAUAAAUCAAGGGGAGAAGAAGAUAACUUACUCACACGUGCGUGGGCAAACUGUUAAGCAGUCUCAUCUUGCCUCUUGGCUCAUCCCUCCUCGUAUUACACAUUGUAUUACACGGAACUGACCUUACUUAUAUUAUUACUUUAUUGUAUCUGCUGCUACGAGAAACUUUACAAAUUCUUGGCCGGUUUUAUAGUGUGACCCUUCAGAGAGAGAGAGAGUGGUCCUUUGUUGGAGGUCCUUUCCUGAAAUUUCCAAGGAAUAUACCGUUUUGGCGUAUUAUCAUCCGAGUCAUAAAUAAAUGGAUAUAUAAAACGCCAUAAAUCUCUGUCUUGUAAACGGGAACAAGUGUGCACGCAUUAUUUUAACAGACCAGCUAAAUAAAUACGGAUCUGCUGCACUAAUUUUGUCAAUUUUAUAAAAAGGAUAAAUAAAUAAAUGAAUAAAACUCCGUCAUAAAUUCAAUACCUGUCAGUGCAUUCAUGUACAUGUAUGUUUACCUACUUUGACAAUAAAUCAUUUUUAUUGACGAUGAUGGAUAUGGAUCCCGAAACAAAUUAUUUAUCUUCAUCGAUAUUUUAAAACUUUAGGUGUGAAAUUGGAAUAUAAAUAUAGAGUGAGUUCUCAAUGUGGCAUAUUACAUGGUGAUUUAUUAAUUGUGAAUUUAACCCAAAAUAUCGGGUUUAAUAAUAUAGUUUCUUGUGAAAUUUAACAAAAAAAGUUUCUCUUCAAAAAUAAAACCAAAGAUGGCACAACAAAGGUACGAUGACGGUCUGUCGCAUUACGGCGCGAUGGAGAGCGUUGCUGGGAUGUACGAUCCGCAUGGGGCGGCGGCACACAGAUCCCUCCACCAGCCCCUCGCAGGCCACCCCUCCCCCCACAUGAACAGUCACCCCAUGUACCACCACCAAGGCAAUCACGUCCCCUCCCCGAACCACGUCAUGGGUCCCGACGUCCACAAACGUGAUAAGGACGCUAUUUACGGUCACCCACUCUUCCCUCUACUCGCCCUCAUAUUUGAAAAGUGUGAACUAGCCACGUGUACCCCUCGCGAGCCGGGUGUGGCUGGGGGCGACGUCUGCUCCUCAGAGUCCUUCAAUGAAGAUAUCGCCGUAUUCUCCAAACAGUUGUUAAAUAUGUUUCAGAUACGUCAGGAGAAACCCUACUACAUCGCAGACCCUGAAGUAGAUUCACUGAUGGUACAAGCAAUCCAAGUUUUACGAUUUCAUCUCUUAGAAUUAGAAAAGGUGCACGAACUAUGUGACAACUUUUGUCAUCGGUAUAUCUCUUGUCUAAAGGGCAAGAUGCCCAUCGACCUCGUAAUUGAUGAGAGGGAAACGGGGUCAACGGCAGGGAAGUCACCAGACCUAGGUCACACCGGGAACGGGGACAGGUCACUCGACUCUGCUUCACAUACUGACGGCGCCAGCACCCCUGAUGUCAGACCACCCUCAUCCUCCUUGUCCUUUACUGCUAAUGACGAUGUGAGAUCGCCCCCUCCAGGAGGUACUCCUGGCCCUUUGAGUCAACCACCCAACUCUGCACAUAGCACUGAUAACUCGGAAGCAGGAAGUAAACGUGGCUCCAGACCGGGGAGUUAUGAUAUCCCACCGACAAAUCAUUCUCGCCACUCAAGCUGGGUUCCCUCAUCCCCUUAUCCUUAUGCCAGUGAUGCAAGUAACGCGAGUAUCGGGAGUGGAGAAGGGACAGGCGAAGAUGAUGAAGACGGGAGUGGCAAGAAAAACCAAAAGAAACGCGGAAUUUUUCCUAAAGUCGCAACCAACAUUUUAAGAGCCUGGUUAUUUCAACAUCUCACACACCCCUACCCCUCUGAGGACCAGAAGAAGCAACUUGCCCAAGACACUGGUCUCACAAUUCUCCAAGUCAACAAUUGGUUUAUCAACGCUCGUCGCCGCAUAGUCCAACCUCUCAUUGAUCAGUCAAACAGAGCUGGAGCGAGUGUGUUCCCUGGGGGUGGUCCAGGUGGGGCAUAUGGACCCGAGACGGGAAUGGGCUACAUGAUGGACGGUCAACAAAUGCACAGGCCGCCAGACGCCCCCUUCCACAACGACGCAUACCACUACCCACCUCAGUAUUAUGGUCACCUCUAACCAUUAAUGGAGGCGGAAGGCGAGAAAGAUAUCGCUUCGACCGCGGCGGCUGAACCACUCUGACGAAAUUGACUUACCACCAUCAACUAUCCCAACACCAAUACACUACCCAAACCAACGUCCACUGUUUGAUUAUCUCAACUGUGUCAAAUUUCUCCAAAACAAUCAUGAUCAUCCACCAAGAAAUUUGCAAGUUUUUGUUUUUGUUUCUUUUUGGAUGAAAAUCACCCCAAGAUUGAUAAGAAGACGAAGACGACACGACAUUUAGUUUUUAGAUACAAAACUUUUAAAAUAUAAAAUAAGGGAAUUACACACACCUAUAUACUCCUCCAAUCCAAUAUAAUAAUCAGCUUGUGCUUUUCUUAACAUUCUUUACAAAAGUUUGUAAAAAAAACAUUUAAAAAACUUUUUUCAUUCGGAAUUUUUGCAAGUGCAGUUUCUAAUAAAAAAUAUUAUACUACAAUUCUUCUGAGCUAAAAAAAACUUAACCAAGUGACUUGUGAAGCUAUACGUAAUAAAAAAAAAUAACAAAACUCCAAUCUGAAACCUUUCUGUGACAUGAAGAUAUACGAAUGGCAUCCUGGGAGGAGGAAGAGGAGAAGGAUGACGAAGUACAUAAUAUGACGAAUCUAUCUUAGGACUUUAAAAAUCUGCUUAAUAUUUGUUUUUUCUUCAAUUUCUGCCUUUUGGCAAGAUUAUUAUGCAUAUUUCAAAAUUUUAUUUUCAUUUCUUGCUGACAGGGUAUUUUGCAAAUAUUAAUUUGAAAGGACAUGAUACAACUAGCCAAAUAAAUACAUGUACAUGCAGCAGCCGAGAAACCCGUUUAAAAAUGAAAUACGUAAAUUUGUUUUCAAUAUAAUUUCCUCGCAUUUACAAUAAAACUGCAACGUUAAAUCAUUUGUGUCAAAUUAAUUUUAUUAAAGAAUGGACUCGAAAAAUAGUUAAAAUAUUAUGUUUAAUAUGGUUGUUUAUUGUGUUAAUUGUAAUGAUUUUUGUUAAAAUGCGGUGCGAUAAUUAAUUAAUUAAUUGUUAUCUUGUAUAAUUGUAUAGUGGACAGUUUAUAUAUGUUAUACUAAAAACUAGGUAGGGUAAUUAAUUAUCAAUUCAUAAUCAGUUAGGUAUAUUACAUGAUACUAUGCUACAUAAGGAUAUAUAGAGAUAUAUUAGUUGUAGUUAACACGUAAUUGUACAGUACGUAAAGAAUGGACAGGGAGAUGAAGAGAGGCAAUCGAAACUAUUCCUAAGUUAAAUUAUAGCAUUUCAGCUAUAUUUAAUAAGUUACCUUAUUAAGUGUAAUACACUCAAGUAUUUUAAAAGUUGAUUAUUAACUUGAACUAAAACAUUUUCAAAUAGAGACUUCCGUUAGGUUUAAGAAAAGUGUUAAGCUGCAACAGUAAAAACAAGUAAUUAACUCGAUUUAAUUACUCAAAAGUUUGUUCGUGGUCAUCAUCACAAAAGAAUUGAAUCGAUAAGAAUAAAAAUCAUGAAUGAGAAAAAACUA